AUGCCCGGACCUGUCACCAUAGGCUCCUGGACCAGAGAGAUCGAUGACGGCUCAGGUGGACCACCGUCUGGCACCACCGCACGGCCUCCCACUCAGUCCACUGGCAGUGAUGAUGCCGAUGACGACGAUGACAAUGAGGCCGAGGGAGAGGGCAGAGACACAGAGGGAACCACCUCUACAACUGAGGCACCGGCUGGUGGUGAUGAUGACGACGAUGAUUCCGGAUCUGACUCUGACUCAGAAGAGACCACAACUACGACUGAGGCCUCCAGUGGUGGCGGAGAAGAAGAAGAUGAAGAUUCCGAUUCAGGUUCAGAAGAGGCGACGACUACUACUGAAGCCUCUGAGGACUCGGAUAGCGAUGACUCGGAGGACGAGACAGAAUCCACAGGAAGUAAUGAAAGCGAUUCCGAGACCACAGAAGCCGAUGACUCGAGCGCUGAGACAGAGGCUAAAGAAGAGGCGGACACUGAAAGCAGUGAUUCUGGUGGAGACGACUCCGAUAAUGAUGAUAGCGAUGAGGACACGGCUGAGAGUUCGGCACCGAUUAAAGCAAAAGCGAGUCCCGCGAAGAAGGCUAAAGCAAAGGCAAAGGCCGCCACAUCCACAACGACCACCACUACUACAACCCCCUCCACCACUACCACCACAACCACCAAAAAGCCGAAAACAACUAAAAAAUCAAAAUCGAGUAAAAGUAAACCAAAAACCUCGACAUCAAAACCACCAAAAUCUGCGGCUCAGGUCAGACCGAGUGAAGCCAUGAACUCAAUUGUGCAACAAAUUCAUUGGUCGACCUCAACGUUGAGACCACUUCGAGAACUCAUGGAUUUUGCGAAUACAAAGACUGACCGCAAAUCAAAGAAAUCAAAAACCCUGACAACAAGUACUACGACUACCACUACAACCACUCCAUCGACAACGACGACCACAACAGCCAAACCAACGACCAAAUCGAGGAAAUCAAAUAAGAAGUCGACGACAACGACAGAGAAGCCAUCAAAUCAGGUGCGAAAGGCGAGGGCGCCGGUGGCCUCACAUCCGGAUGAGUUCCCACACCUGCACCUCAUGGAGGACUCCAAGAGUGUUGUGCCCGCCCGACGACUCAAUCCUUUGCUUAAGUGGAGAUCACUGUCUCAAACCAAAUCGACAACUCCUCAGCCAUUGUCUUCAUAUGUGAUAACAGAAGUGUUUUCUCCGAAUUCCAGUUUCAUUGAGAGCACAACCAUUAAACCCGUUAUUAUCCGAAGGUUUCGGUACAGGAAUAGCUCACCCAAUGGAUCGACGGCUCAAUCAACUGAUUCUCAUUCAACGACUCAUUCAUCAAAUAACACGAGACGACAAUCAUUUAGAAGGAGAAGUGACUUCUGGGAGAAUCCAAACUUCCAAGACUUCCAGAACUUCCAAAGUUUUCAAGCCAUGAGAAUUAAUAGACCAAACCAUCGAGUGGUCCGAUCUGUAGAUCUUAGAUAUAGUGAUCCAAAGAGAGAAACAAAUUUGAGUGCAGAGGAGAAACGAAAGGCAGAGGACAAGGAGAGAAAGAAGGCUGAAGUGCGGGCCCGACUCGAAGAGGCCGCCAGAGCCAAGAAGGGGAAGAAGGGGUUUAUGACACCCGACCGCAAGAAGAAACUUAGGCAAUUAUUGAGGAAAAAAGCUGCGGAAGAGUUGAAACGCGAACAGGAGAGGAAGGCCGAGGAGAGGAGGAAAAUCAUAUCGCAGAGGACUGGCUCUAAAAAGCCAACCGAUGGGGCA